AUGGCAGAUAAUUUCUCCGGAGUUCAAAGAGAAAUGUUUGACUGUGGGGAUUGUGAUUUCUGGACGACAACACUUGGGGAUUUAAUGAAGCAUAAGAGAGAAGAAAGGCACCUGAAGAGGCAGAUUGUUAUUGGUAAGAAAAAAGGUGGUGAGCCUAAUGGACCCAAACUAAAGGGUUUUGGUCCCCUACAUGGAGGAAAAUCCUACUAUCUUGAGUCUGUUCAAAUGUUGGGAGCUCGUGAUGAGGGUGGUAUGGGAGAAGAACCUUCAAAACUUGUAGUUGAAGAACCAAAAGUUGAUGUUAAACAACAACCGAAGGUGGCAGUUGUAGAAGGAACUCAAUACAAGGGGGAAAAGUGGUUCUCUACAGCAGAACUUACAGAUAAAUCUGGCCUCGAUACCAAGGUGGUGGAGCGGUUGCGUCAUAUGGUUCCUUCUGUUAUAGAGAAUGUUUCUGGAAACAUCAGUGAAGCGGCUUCCCAUCGCCGAAGGCUGAUUAACAGACUGCAAACAUAUGAUCUAAUUGAGAUUGAAGUUGAUGGAGACGGCAGCUGUCAGAUCUAUCAAACUUCUGAGCAUCAUGAGUUUGUGCGCCAAGAAAUUGUUAACCAGGAAAUGUACCAAAGUUUUGUCGAUAUAGACUAUGGAGACUACUUGGAGGAUAUGUCCAAGUCUGGCCAUUGGGGUGAUAACGUCACGUUGAAGGCUGCUGAUGACUUGUUCGGAGUUAAAGUUUUUGUUAUAACAUCUCACAAGGAUAUCUGUUACUAUGAGAUUGAUCCAAAAGAUCAACAAUCAAAUCGAGUUAUGUGCCUGAGUUUCCGUGACAUUGAUGGGGCCCAACACUAUAAUUCUGUAUAUCAUAGAGGUGAAGUCAACAUUGAUGGGGCCCAACACUAUAAUUCUGUAUAUCAUAGAGGUGAAGUCAACAUCAAGGAAGAUCCUCCUGAUCAAGUACCAAUAAAAUGUGAAAACAACAAUAUUGAUGAAGCUACUUCUGCAAAGAUAUCAGUACUAAUUGCUCCAACAUCGUGGAAGAGUUGUUGUGGACUCCUUGAUGUUCUACUAGGAUCCAAAGCAACUUAG